AGGUGUGACUUUCAGACAAGAUGGCUAAAUACAGCAUUGUUGGUGGUGAAGGCGGCUGUUGCGGAGCCAUGGCUGAAAAAGGACCACUUAUUGGGCUGAUUUGCACCUUCAUUGGAGUCAUCUUAUCCAUCUAUGUAUUCGUGGAUGCUUCAAGUGCAGUGAGCUCAACAAACGAGGCAUUAGUAGCUCUAGGAAGCGAUGCUGAGGCCACGCUUUCAGCUGCAUAUUAUCUCCUUCUGAUCGGGUUUAUUCUGGGAGUCAUCCUGAUGAUUGUUUACAUUCCUGUCGUGUUCAUUGAGAUGGAAUGGUGCGGAUGUCUGGGAACAAUCAAGGAGACUGUACUUAAAGGAGCUUACGAACAGAAGAGUAAAAUUGUGAAGAUGAUUUUGACAGGUCUUUCUCUCCUUGCUUUCGCUCUGUUAGUGGUGUUCCUCGUUUGGGGAAUCAUUGUGGUUGGAGAAUUCAAAGAAGUUCUCCCCGGUGUGCUGACAAUAGUUGCUGUUGUCCUCUUCCUUAUCAACCUGAUCAUGUCUGUCCUCUACAUCAGAUCUUAAGGACAAGGAACAUAGAUAACACAUAUCUAGGCCGUCAAUUAGUAUAUAAUUAGAGCAGCGAAAUAUCACGUGGGACAGAGUAGCAAAUGAGCAUGGCAACUAGGAAGGCUUUUUUAUAACUGUAUAUUAAGAAUUUUAUUAUAUCCCAUUUUGUGAAGAAAUCCAGCUUAAACUAUGAAUUGAACUUUUGGAGAGAUACUAAAAUAUUGUUUGGUCAUCAUCUAUAUAUAUGUACGAAAUAAAGAUAUUGUGAUUUUUGAGAUUUUGAUUUGUGAGAUUGUAUGAUAUAAUACUGGUUUGGUUUCAAAGCCAUGGUAUUUCUUGUUAGGAGAAAGGGCAACCAAAAUUAUUUUUCAUGUCUGUGUUAUAUUUCAUACAGUUUUAGCAACUUAAUCACAAUCAAA